GCCUCCACACAUACGGAUACACAGUUCGGACUCCCUCAAGCAACAGUGCCUUCCGGAGCUGCAGAUGUGGCUUCUGAAAAUGGACCUCCAGCUAACCAGUAUUCUCCUUCUGCUCGUGGUUCUGGCUGAGGCAACACCAGAGAGGUACUACCAUGUGAAGAAGCAGUCUUAUCCAACAAAGGGUCGUGCUGUUCAAGGUACACCAGGUACUCCAGGGUCACCUGGUGAACCUGGUCCCCCAGGUCCACCUGGGCUCCCAGGACCCCCAGGAAAGAGUGCCAUGGGAAACCAGGGACCAGUGGGACCACCUGGACCACCAGGCCCAGCAGGUUAUUCCUCACCUGGCAAGCCUGGAAGCCCAGGUGCACCUGGAAAACCUGGUGCUAAUGGAAUGCCAGGAGAAAGAGGAAUCCCAGGACCUGCAGGACCCCAGGGAGCAAGAGGAGCUCCAGGACCUUCUGGAAGCCCAGGCCCUGCUGGCUUGUCCUCUUCUGGAAAGCCAGGGCCACAUGGUCUUCCUGGGGCAAUGGGGCCUAGAGGAGGGCCUGGGCAUAAAGGACUCCCAGGUAUUCCUGGCGCACCUGGCCUGAAAGGAGAACCAGGUCAUGGCAUCCCAGGAAGCCCUGGUGGACCUGGCCCAAUGGGACCAGUGGGCCCUCCGGGUCAGCCUGGUCAACAUGGAAUUGGAAAGACUGGUCCAACUGGAAUCGCUGGGGAACCUGGAAAACCAGGUAUGCCAGGUAGGGAUGGGGCUCCAGGUCCCAUGGGUGCACCAGGGUUAAAAGGCCACACAGGAGCUCCUGGCAUAGGUGCACCAGGGAAACCAGGUCAGAAUGGUUCUCCAGGCACGCCUGGCCCAGUGGGAGCAAAAGGACCCCAGGGACCAGCUGGACAGCCUGGAGCUCCCGGUCUGCCUGGUGUUGGCAAGACUGGAGCAACAGGUCUUCCAGGAGACAGGGGUGUACCUGGUACACCAGGUACCACAGGACAGAAAGGAGAGCCAGGCCCAACAGGUUUUACAGGUCAGCCUGGUGCUAUUGGGCCUGUGGGUCCAGCUGGGCCUCAGGGAGCUAGAGGAUUCCAGGGUGAGACAGGUCCACAGGGGGCUAAAGGUGAUAUUGGUAUGGUUGGAGCACCUGGACCAAGAGGGGCAAAGGGCGAGCAGGGAGCACAUGGUUUUACAGGAAAACCAGGGAUCCCAGGGGCAGCAGGCCCUCCAGGUGCUACCGGGUCAAUGGGACAUCAGGGUGCCAAGGGGGAGCCAGGUUUUACAGGAUCACCCGGCAUCCCAGGAGCUAUUGGUCCUGCAGGGGUUAAGGGCUAUCCAGGUCCACAAGGUGUUACAGGUAGCAGGGGUCAAAAUGGCCUUCCUGGUCAAAAAGGACCAGUUGGGCCAGUAGGACCAGUUGGGCCCAGAGGCCCCAAAGGUCAUCCUGGUGCCCCUGGUAUCCCUGGCCCACCAGGACUCACAGCCAAAGGAAUAUCUGGCCCACAGGGUCCUCCUGGUGUCCCUGGUGCCAGAGGGCAUGAUGGUCUCCCAGGUCCAGCUGGACCUCCUGGCCCACCAGGUGAGAGUUUCUAUCAUCAUGAGAAGAGCAUGCCCAUUAAAUCCCAUGAGAUGGUGAUGCCUGUUAGUCAUGAAAUGAUUAAGGCACCCAUGUCAGCCUUUACAGCCCUGUUGACCAGGGCUUACCCUAGUGCAGGAACUCCAAUUGUGUUUAACCAGAUUGUGUAUAAUGGAGAGAACCACUAUGACUCUCACACUGGUGUGUUCACCUGCCAGGUUCCAGGACUUUAUUAUUUCUCUUUCCACAUGCAUGUCAAUGGGGCUAAUGCAUUGGUGGCACUUUACAAAAAUAGCAAGCCAGUUUUGUUCUCCUAUGAUGAAUACAACAAGGGCUUCCUGGACCAAAUGUCUGGCAGUGCUGUUCUUAUGCUUCAGCCACAUGACACAGUUUACAUCCAGGUUCCUGAUGAUGAGUCCAAUGGCAUCUAUGCUGACGAUAAUGUCCACUGUUCUUUCUCUGGGUUCUUGAUUGCCUCAACAUGAUCAAGAUGGUACAUAACCUCAAACUUUUAAAGGAACAGUUUAUUAAAGGUCAAUUUUCUGUGUCAAUAGAUUAAUACCCCAUCUGGAUCUCUGUUCAUGUUAAAGAGGAUUUCACUGAUGUUUGGCAUGUUUAUUUUAAGAAAAACACUGAAUUCACCAUCCUUAUGAACAUGUGAAAAGAACCUGUCUCUAAGAAAGUAUUUCACAACUUGAUCAAGCCCUGUAAGCCUAAAAGCCAGCUGGGUUAUAAAAUACAGCAGUGCUCUGUAGGUUUCUGUGUAGUUGUACAGUACCACAGUGCUCUGUACGUGUCUGUAGUUAUACAAGUGUGCUUGGCAUGGCUACAUUUCUGAUGUUCUGUCACUUCACGACUUUUGAAAUGUGUGAAAAUAACUUCCCUUUUAAUAAGAAAAUAAUUUGGUGUUCCAGAAAUAAAUUGUGUAUAA